GACAAAAAACACUGUCUAAGUCGGUCUGUAUGGGAACGCGCCUACGUCACCAUUCUCCGGAUUCCGAUUGGGUGGGACGCCCGUGAGCGUUAAGCUGAUUGGUCGAAGGAUUUGGGGCGUGGCGAUCAGACUUGCCCUCUCCAAGAUGGCGGCGGAGAUUGACUUGUCUGACGCAGCCUGGUCACGCGGAAGUGAAGGAGUCUAAGGAAGCAACGAUCAACACUGAUCACUAUGAAGAAGGGAAGGAACUACAGUAUAUAACCCAAUAUUGUAGUGAUUUAGAUUUUAUAAGAUCUAUUUAGACUUUUUGUUGAUUAUUGCUUGGUUUGAAAGACAGAUUAAUGGAACUUCCAGAGGAAAUCCUUGCACACAUUUUCUCUUUUCUGCCACUGAAGGAUAAAUGCAGUGCCUUUCUAGUGUGUAAAACAUGGUCCAACAGCUUAACCUGUUCCAGCGCAUGGACACACACUGAGAUCAGGUGUGAGUCUGGAGACUGUGUUCCUCAGAGGUUCUCUGCUCUUCUACCAUGUAUCAGACACUUGAAGCUUAUUGUCAGUGUGGCAGAUCCUUCUCAUCGGGAGACUGGACUUUGGGUUUUACAGCAGGUUCUAGCCAGAGGCGAGGGCAGAUUACGCAUGUUAUGCGUCAGCUGUUUGGGGAACCCGCCUCUAUUUUACGCAGGACAAGAUCUGCUUCAGGGACUGGUGGACGUCCUAACAAGCGGCUCGUCCCUCAUGGCGCUGGACCUGAGAGGUGUGCCAUUCACCCUGAAUGAUGGCUUUGUAAAGAGCAUCGCUGCGCUGUGCCCUGCCCUGCAAAGUCUCUUCAUCAAUAACAGUUCUUUGGUGUGUGGCGUCAUCUCGGAGACAAUCAGGGACGUCCUUAAAUGCUGUCCAGCCCUGAAUACCAUCGGGCUCUUCCAAGCAAGCGUAUCUCACGAUGUCCUUCGAGAUCUUUUAGAACCCCAGAGAACAGAACUGAAGCUGCUCGAGCUGCGCUGUGAGCGCUCACUAAAGUACGUCACACCACUUUCUGACCAAGUUUGGGCAGAUAUGAGACGCAGACAUCCUAGACUGAGAGUGGACAUGGAGUUGGACCACACACUCCCAGAGCUGCAGGUUCCUGGCGUGAUUCAACCCAGCAUCCCUGUGAGACAGCUCCGCCUCCACACAUGGACCUGUCUACUGGAUGAGCUACGUGUCGUGGCGCAGAGUUACUCAGGAACCCUGGAGGUGCUCGAGCUGCAGACCACUGCGUCCCCUGAGCUCAAUACAGUGUUGAUCACCUUGGCAACGCAGUGCAGGAAACUCCGCGAGGUUCACUGUUACUGUGUGGUUUCACAGAACGUGAUAGAAGCAUUCUGCUCACUGUGUCCUGACCUACACAGAUACACCCUCAAAACACGCAAAGAACUUCACCCCUGGACCUGCACCACUCUUAGAUAACGCACACACAGUCCCUUUUUUUCCCACAGCACUGUUGAGGUCUGGGUUGUGAAUCAUGAGAAGGUAUUGACUCAUUCUCUGUAACAGAAUCCUUGACAAUAGUGCAGGUUAAUAGUAAUGCACUUAUUCUAAUACAUUAACGUUUUCAUGGCAACUGUUCAUAUAAAAGGACUUGUACCACACACACUUCAAUGAUGAAAAAACGUUUAUUAACAUUUAUGGAAGCUAUUAUUUUAUUUAUUUUUGUCAUUUUUCCUAACAGUACAUUGUUACUUCAAAUUGAAGCCAAAUGGGAUUUGUGAGUAGCAGAAUUGUCAGUGUAGGUUUUGAUAUUUAAUAUUUAAUGGCUGACAGAAAUGUGAAAUUAUAGGUUUCUUACAAAAUAUAUAAAAAAAAAUUGUUUCACUUUGAUGUUUUUCUUCUCCACAUCUGUGCAAAAGAUAAUAUUGCCCAUUUUUAUUUAUGAGAUUUGUUUUUUUAUAUCCCCAUUUAACUCAAGUACUUUUUGUGCCUUAGCUAAAAUUAAGACAAACUUCUGGAAGGAUAAAAGGUUUCAUUUCUUACCUUCCUAUGUUUGUUACACGUUGGAUCUUACUACAUUAAUAUUAAGGACAAAAUAAGUAUAAAUAAAUGUAUGAAUGUAAAAAGAAAUUAACACUCAAUAUGGUCAAUAAAAAUGAUCACAAUUUAA